AUGACAACCACUUCACGCGCGCGCCUGCUGCUCCCUUCCUUGCUGGUCUCUCCUUCUGCUCCCCUCCCCCUCCCCCCUCGCAGUAUCCUAUCAGACAACAAUCUCACAGGCCCCGUGCCGCCUCUGGACUCCCUGCCUGCCAUCGCCACCAUCUCCCUUUAUGACAACCACUUCACGCGCGCCCCUGCUGCUUUGCUCAGCAACGACAACGUCACUCUGCAGCUAUAUGGCAAUGACUUGUGUGUGCCCUACCGUCCUGAGGUCACCACAGCCUGCUCGCCCCCUCUCGGCAUCAUGCAGUAUCAGCCCCCUCCGGUCUGCGACGACCUCUCCUGCCCCUCUCUCUACGCGCCCAGCCCUCCCCUGCUGGCUCUCACCAACGUGUGUGUGUGCGUUUCGCCGCUGGAGGUGGAAUUGAAACUCACUGCGCCGCAGUACGCGGUGUUUAAUGACGACCUAGCGAGUCUGCUUGUAGAGAGGAUCGCGGGGAGCCUGGGGAAGAACGGGAUCGGCAUUUCGACGGGACAGGCGCAGCAGAUAAGGGAGGCCUUCGUGUGGCACAAGGUGGUGUUCGGGACGGACUUUGGGCCUUAUAUCGUGGAGGCCAUGUAUGGGCCAGCUCCUCCUCCUGCUCCCCCUGCUGCGUCUACUGGGGGAGGGGGCAUGACCACUGCUGCGAUCGUGGGCAUCGUAGUGGGGGGAGUGGUGCUCAUCGCUCUCAUUUCGCUGCUGCUCGUGUGGGUGCUGCUGCUGAGGAACCGAAACGGAGACCUGUGGAGCUCGGAGGACUACAGGGCGAUAGAGGGGCUGCAGGCGCUGGGCGUGCACCGGUGCAAGCUGAAGGAGAUUGCAGACGCGACCCAGGGCUUCAAGACGCUGCUGGGGGAGGGCGGUUAUGGACAGGUGCAAGCUCACGGAGAUUGCAAAUGCGACGCAGGGGUUCAAGUCAAGAUGCUGCUGGGGGAGGUCUGUGAGGGGGAGGGAGGGCGCAUUUGGGAAGGUGCAGACUGGUGCAAGCUCACGGAAAUAGCCGACGCCACCCAGAGGUUCAAGACGCUGCUGGGGGAGGGCGGAUAUGGACAGGUGUACCGAGGAGUGCUGGAAAAUGGAGAUGUGGUGGCAGUGAAACGAGCAAAGGGGCAUGUGAAGCUCUGUGGCACUGAGUUCCGCAACGAGAUUCAGCUGCUGUCAGCCGUGCGCCACCGCAACCUGGUGGCGCUGAAAGGGUUCUGUGUGGAGGCGGGCGAGCAGCUGCUGGUGUAUGAGUUUAUAGAGAGGGGGACGUUGGAAGAUAUGCUGAGAGCCGACUCAAAGCACCAGUUGACGUGGCGGCAGCGCGUCAACAUCGCAUGUGGAGCAGCCAGUGGGUUUGCAUACCUGCAUCAUCAGAUCAAGCCACCUAUCAUCCACCGGGAUGUGAAGACGGCCAACAUCCUCAUCACAGCAGAUCUCGAGGCCAAGGUGGCUGACUUUGGCAUCUCCAAGGCUGUUCCCGAGGAGGCGGAGGGAGGGGGGAGGCUGGAGACCCAGGUCAAAGGGACUGUGUUCCAGUCUGAUCUACUGACCAAAAAGAGUGACGUAUGCAGCAUUGGCAUCGUGUUGCUAGAGCUGGCCGCCGGUCUCCACCGCUCACCCUCCUCUUUCCCCCUCUUUUUGUCCCCUUUUACUCUGCACCAGGGCUACUUGGACCCGCAGUACUUCCCGUCUGAUUUACUCACGGAGAAGAGCGACGUGUACAGCUUUGGCAUCGGCUAUUUGGACCCACAGUACUUCGAGUCUGACUUGCUAACUGAAAAGAGUGAUGUGUACAGCUUCGGCAUCGUGUUGCUAGAGCUGGCCGCCGGCUAUUUGGAUCCCCAAUAUUUCCAGUCUGAUCUACUCACGGAAAAGAGUGAUGUGUACAGCUUCGGCAUCGUGUUGCUAGAACUGGCCACCGGUCUCCUCCUCUCAUGCUCCUCUCCCCCCUCUUCUGGCCCCCUUUUACUCUUCCUGGUUUUUGAGAAUUCUCAAAAACCAACUCUUCCUCAGGGCUAUUUGGACCCUCAAUAUUUCCAAAGCGACCUGCUAACUGAAAAGAGCGACGUGUACAGCUUUGGCAUCGUGCUGCUAGAGCUGGCCACUGGUCUCCGCCCCGUGACCAACGGGGAGCAUAUUAGAAGGAUCGUGAUCGAUAGGGUUACCAACCACGGAGGCGUGCACAGUGUGAUGGACCCGGUAUUGAAAGCCAUGUGGGAGAGGGGGGACGGGGAGGGCGGAGGAGUGGGCGGAGGAACAGAGGGAGGAACUGGGGGGGAAGGUGGGGGGGGAGAAGGGGGAGGAACAGGGGGAGGAGAAGGGGGAGGAACAGGGGGAGGAGAAGGGGGAACAGAGGGUGGAGGGGAAGGGGGAGGUGGGGAGGUGGGGAUGAGUGAGAGAGGCGCACUGGUGGAGACGUGUGGGAGCGAGGCACUGGAGGAGACGUUUGAGUGGUUCUUGAGGCUUGCAAUGCGGUGCAGCCUGAAGCAGGCUCAGAAUCGACCCGACAUGCAGCAGGUUUUGAAGGAGUUGGAAGGGAUUAAGAGGCGGUUGAACUGGGUUUCUGCUUCCCGUGCUGGUGGCGGUAGUGCUGGUGGUGCUGCUGGUGCUGCUGGUGUUGCUAGUGGUGUUGCUGGUGUUGUUUCUAGUGGUGUUGCUAGUGCUGGUGCUGGUGCUGGUGAUAGUAGCAGGCGGGGCAACAGCGAAGGGUAUGCUUGGGAAGGGGAGCCUGUGAAAGAGGAGGGGAGGAGGGGUGCGGGGCAAGAGGGAGUGUAUCGGAGCAGUGGUGGGGAUGGGUUGAGUCCGAUGGGGACGUUCAAUGGGAGUGUUCAGCGGAGUGAUGUGGUUCCUAGUGGGUCGGUUCUGAAGGUAGCACAGGCAGCAGCAUGGGCGGGUGUGGAGGCAGCAGCAGGGGAGAGUGGGAUGCCGAGUAGGAAUGGGGAUGGGUUCGGUGCGGUGGUGGCGUUCUGCGGGAGCUUCUGA